CUGCCCGCGGGCCCACCUCUUUUGGGGUGUGUCACCAGUGAGUGAUAGACUGAGCCGCCCGGCCCUGCUCAGCCCAGCCCACGUUGCUGCUUAGAUUGAAAUGCAGAACUCAAGCCUCUUUCUGCCCGGCACAGACUUCCUUUUACUCUUUCCCUUGGCACUCUGGUCGCCUCCUCCCGGGGAGAAGCCCAGGCACCCGCGACUUGGAGCAGCGACAGGUCGGCCUGGUGAAGGCGAGAGCAAAGUUUCUUUCUGGGAGUGCGGAACUGGGGCCGGGUUGGUGUGCUGCUCGGAGCAAUGGAGCCAGCCUUCGGGGAGGUGAACCAGCUGGGAGGAGUGUUCGUGAACGGAAGGCCGCUGCCCAACGCCAUUCGGCUUCGCAUCGUGGAAUUAGCCCAACUGGGCAUCCGACCUUGUGACAUCAGCCGCCAGCUACGGGUCUCGCACGGCUGCGUCAGCAAGAUCCUGGCGCGCUACAACGAGACGGGCUCGAUUUUGCCCGGAGCCAUCGGGGGCAGCAAACCCCGGGUCACCACUCCCACUGUGGUGAAACACAUCCGGACUUACAAGCAGAGGGACCCGGGCAUCUUCGCUUGGGAGAUCCGGGACCGCCUGCUGGCGGACGGCGUGUGCGACAAGUACAACGUGCCUUCGGUGAGUUCCAUCAGCCGGAUUCUGCGCAACAAGAUCGGCAACUUGGCCCAGCAGGCUCAUUACGACUCGUACAAGCAGCACCAGCCGGCGCCACAGCCCGCGCUGCCCUACAACCACAUCUACUCCUACCCCAGUCCCAUCGCGGCGGCCGCGGCGAAGGUGCCCACACCACCCGGGGUGCCGGCCAUCCCCGGCUCGGUGGCCAUGCCGCGCACCUGGCCCUCCUCUCACUCGGUCACGGACAUCCUGGGCAUCCGCUCCAUCACCGACCAAGGAGUGAGCGACAGCUCCCCCUACCACAGCCCCAAGGUGGAGGAGUGGAGCAGCCUGGGCCGCAACAACUUCCCGGCCGCCGCCCCGCACGCAGUGAACGGACUGGAGAAGGGGGCCUUGGAGCAGGAGGCCAAGUACGGCCAGGCACCGAACGGGCUCCCAGCUGUGAGCAGUUUUGUAUCAGCAUCCAGCAUGGCUCCUUACCCUACUCCAGCUCAAGUCUCACCCUACAUGACCUACAGUGCCGCUCCUUCAGGUUAUGUGGCCGGACACGGAUGGCAACAUGCCGGCAGCACCCCAUUAUCCCCCCACAGCUGUGACAUCCCCGCAUCGCUGGCUUUCAAGGGAAUGCAGGCAGCCAGAGAAGGCAGCCAUUCUGUCGCGGCGUCUGCACUCUGAUGGGAACUUCUGCUUACAGCAGCAGCUUCACUUUGGUCUCCUCUCUCAGAACGUCCUCCCCCUCUUCACAUCCCCACCCCUCCAGUGGUCCAGCCCUCUGGCCUCAAGAGCUGGCUUUAUGGAUUCAUAACCUCUGUGCUGAUGACACUUAAAUAUCUCUUGUCGUAAAUUCCUUUUUAUUUUGCAGGAAAUCUGGCAUAUAACUUUAGGAUUUAAAAACAAAAGCAACUCUAAAGAUUGAAUGAGACAUUGUGUUGCCCGCACAGUUUUAGCACAGUGAAGAAACCUGUACCCCUCAAAGGGCUUAUGGGACUUUGUAGACCUGUCUUUGGUAAAACCACACAUGUAUAUUUAUUCUAAAUCAACCUGAACUUUUGAAACGUGCAAUUGUUGAGAUUUUGCAAAAUCAAUAAAGGAACAGAGACGUAGAAAAAAAAAUAAGCUACGUGAUACCCUUUAAUCAAAUAAUGUGACCAGAUAAGCCUUAAUUCACCAUUGGGAAGCCAAUCAGUAACUGACUUGUGUGAUCUUUUGCUUAUUUUUAAGAGAUGACGUAUUUUGUUGAAAAAUAUGUAUAGAACCCAAGCAAUAUGGGAGAAUUUCCUCCUUUUGGUGUGUUGACUUGGUUCCUAAUACAAUAAUGUUUAUAGUUCUAUUAGCUUGUAAAUAUGGACUGUGGAUGGUACCUUUGCGUCUUCAUUCUUGGGAUACCCCUCCUCAAACACCACCACCUCUUUUUUUUUUUUCUUUUUCACAAAGGUGACUUUCUGGCAAUGUAAUUUUUCUCUAUUUGGUGGUGGGUGACUUGGGCUCUUGGACCUGGACUUGCCCCCAAAUUGUGUGUGUGCAGUGAAGUCUUCAGCAUCUCACGGAGGAUACUCUCUUUCUACAGCAGAGGACUCAAAACAUGGACAGAACAAGCCACUUUCCUAUUGUAUCUCAGUCAAACAACACACACACAUACACACUACGUAUAGGACUAUAGUACAGCAAGAGGCAGGCUGUCAUGUACCUGCUCCACAAGGCUCUGAGGGAAGUCACCUAGACACAAGUCUAAUGUGAGAUGUUUUUCUGCAGAGACACUUAAAAUGUACUUUAUGUGAUGAAAAAAAAAAAAAAAAACAAAACCACUGUGAAAUGAAAUUGUUAUUGUUGGCUUACCUGUGUGCUCGGCAAUCUCAGCCCCAAAUUAUCUUGUAACUUAAAAGGAAAUGGAGAACUCCACUCUAAUGAAUGUAACAAUGGCUUGCUGUGAAGUUUACAUUGUGUACCGAAGCAUGUUUCACGUGUAGGUCAAUUGGUGUUGGUAUUAGAAAUACAAAUGCUAUUUAAUUUUUAGCAAAUUCCCUUUAUUCAUUUAUAGAAUUACAGAACAGAGAUUAACUGCUAAACCUUUCUAGACCGAUUUGAUUUUUGCUUUAAUGUUAUGAAUAGAGUUGUGGGAUAUGCAUAUGUGUGUGACCUCAUGAUUAUAUGUUUUAUUUUAGAAUAACUCAUUUUCUUGGGAAGGAUUUUACAGUUUGCAUUCCUUCUACUUAGGAGGUUCCUCUUGCUUGGCAACGUAGGGUUAAAAGUAACUUUCGGAACAUCGACCCAGUUCAUCUACUACUGUGGGGUGUCUUGCUAUUAAUUCCAUUCAAUAACGAGGCAGGUACCUCCCUAGAUGUGGAUGUUAAAGAUGCCAGUGUGCUGGCAGAUUUGGUUUCUUUGCGUUUGUACUGUGCUCUGCUGGGAGAGCAAGCCAGUCCUGCUAUGCGGGUUUCAUGGCCUCUCCUCAAGCUCAGAUGGCCAGAUCAGCUAGUUUUUGAGUCCCUAGGAUAUAGACUGUAAGCAGAUUUUUGACACAGAGUUAUGUUCAAGGAACUGCUUUUUUUUUUAAAACAGCAGAUGUCUUAUAGAGAGCUUCGUACUGCAUUUCUUUCUAAAGCAACUGCCAUUCAUUGCUACAAACAGGAUUAUAACUUCAGGAGAAGAAAAGCAGAAGGAGCCGAUGAACUCUCAGGGCCAUAGUAUUCCUUUGAUCUUGUAAAACUCUCCCCGUUGAUGUCUGGAGUUUCCAGUGUGGUGAGAAGCUAGACUGUAACCGAAUGGCACAAAGAUCCAAUCCAAUAUUUUGGUGGAGACUUGCAAAGCAUGCAGUUGAGGAACUUGCCUGUCAUCCAGAAAAAGUGACUUAAGGUACAGAAUUAUUCUUUAUCUAAUGUUUUUAGAUGGCUAUUAGGGGUAUUGAAAAAUAUCAAUUGUUUGUAUGGAAACACAACUAAUAAUGUUAUUUUCCUUAUCUAAAUUAAGAAAUCUUAUUAUUAUUUAUAUUUUUCUGGUUUUUUGUAUUUUAAGAAAUUAAUAUUAAUGGUGUCAAAGUUUUCUUUUCCACUUUCACGUCUCUCCCCAGGUCUUUUAUGAAUAGCAGUAAAUCCACAUGGAGCAAUUUUUAAGACAACAGAAAGCCUAAAUAGAGUUGGCUAUUCAUGGCCAUUUAUGAUUUGAGGCCACUUUAAAAACUAAGAACAGGAAAGAGUGGAGCCGGGACUGCUUGAUCUUUAAACCUGUUGCUGUUGGUUAAUGUUAAUGUUCUCCUGACUCUCACAGGGCAAAGACUUCUAAUUGGCAUGUACACUCCUUGCAAUCCCCUUCCCACCCGGUGCUGUGCCUCCAGCUCUCUCCCAGGACACUAGUGUGUAUUAUCUUCAAGGGCAGAAAGCAAUCCCACCACACAAACACAUCCUGCUCCUGGCUUUCUUUCUUUUUUUUUUUUUUUAAUGACCCACAUAUUGAAUAUUGGGCUGAAAUACAAAUGAAAAAAAAAAAGUAUGUUGGAAAAGAUGUACAACAGAAGGCUAUGUAUGUAUAUACAGUAUGUCAAAAGCCUUUUAUUUUUAUACUUCAAAUGCUCUAAAUUAAUAAAUACAAAUAAUUACCAUGUCCUUUUUA